ACGGUAUUUUUAGUACAUAUUUUCGAGCUUGAUAAUACUAGUUUCCUUGUCCACAUUGCAUCACUAUUUAAAAAAAUAAACAUUACUUUGUCAACUUGACAAGUGCACCACUUUUAUUUAUUGUAUCGUUUUUAUAUUAUAUUGUACCUAGUUAAGUUUGUAUUUUAACGUAAUAUUAAAUAAAUAUGGGACUAACAGUAACAGAUCAGCCGUUAUGUCCAUCAUGUGCUUGUCAUCGCGAAUGCCAAGGGUUUCAAAAGUUAGCAGAACUCAAAGAUGCUGGUUUGGUGGUUUAUUGUCACAAUAAACGUACAAAAGAUGUCCGACAAGAAAGCACGGUUGAUCAAACUGAUACAUCUCAAAAUGUGUUUAUUUUACACAACACAAAGGAUGUGAAAUUAAUAUCUGCCGAUUUGAAAUCAGAACUCGAAAAAACAGACAUUUGCUGCCCACGAUGUAGGAAAGCCUAUCAGCAAGUUCAAAAACUUAUGCAAAAAGUUACAUCCAUUGACAGGAAAAAAGUGAUGGGCUUAUGCGAUCAUUGUCGUAAAAGAGCUGAAAAAAAGAAAAAAACUUGUUCUACGUGUGAAGAGAUUGUGAAGAAAUUUAUGUCAGUUAAGGGUCAACAAAAAGAAGACACAAAACAAUUUAUUAAAAUAUGGCUUUCAAAGAUGGGUGUUUAUUUUAAACAGCCUAUGAAAAUUGACCAACGAUUACUCGAUGAAAUAGCUCCAGGCCAUAAAGACACUGCUGAAUAUCUUGAUUUAAACCUCGAUCAGUUACCUCAAAAAUCCUCUUUGCCUAAACACCUGCCCGAAGUUAAAGAAAUGUUUAUUUCAGAGGCACAUAAGCCAGAUUCAGAAUCAAAUAUAGAUACCAAUUUACAAAAACGGCCUAAAGUUCAAUUAGUAGAUGUUCAUCCACCUACGGCUUUGAGCGACAUGUCUUUACUUCGUAAACCCCACGAAGGAGAAGCAAAAGUACCAGUUUCGGAACCUGUAUUUGUUCAAUCAGAUAUGACUUUUAUGGAACGGCAUUCACGUGUCAAUCAACAAAUUAAAAGUUCGUUAAAAGAAAAAGAGGAACCAAAAAAAUAUGAUGAUACUUUAAAGCAUGCUAAAGAAGCAAUUAAAAAGAGACAUGACCUCAGCUUGAGACAAAUGACACAAACUGAAAAGGAACCGCUACCGAGAAGACCGCAAGUAUACGAAAUCCCGAAAGUAGCACCCUGGGAAAAAGAUUAUGAUUCGAAAUAUUAUGACGAAUCUGAAACAGAUAUAAAACUUAAAAAGGCUUAUGUCAUUCGCAGUCAAGAAUCUUUAUCGGUAAAAGAUGUACAAUAUGAAGCAGCAAGACCCACGCAAAAGGAUUUAAGAGAUCGUCAGGGUAAGCAUGAACACCAUAAAAUAAAAAAGGGUACUCAGGAUUUUGACGAAGGUGUAAAUAUAACUCAAGAAUUGACAGACGAAAACGAAUUACAAACAAUUCAUGAUAGGGCUAAAUCAAAACAUCGACUACCUGGGCAUAAAACCGGACAUAAAAAAGCACUUGGAUCUAAAAGAACUGCAGAAAAUAUUGCUAAAACACGAUUUAGUUUCUUUUUUCCAAAAUUACCUGUAGAAGAAAAAAAACCUGUUAUUGAUACUCAUUCAUCACAUCUAAUUCAACUUACCCAAGAAAAAUUCCGUCUACAAGCUGAAAAGGAAGAGGAAAACAAACGAAUGAGACAAGAAAAGAAAAAGCAGGCCCAAAUUGAGAAGGAAAAAAUGGCAAGAUACGAAUAUGAGCAAGAACUUGCUCGCGCAAAUGCUGAAAAGUAUCUGAAAGAUAAGGAGUCAAGAAAACAAUCUGACACUAUACAAACCACAGAUAAAGUUGAAGAAUUAGAAAAAAUUAAAAAAGAUUUAAAAGUCGAACUUGAAGAAAAAUAUGGAAUUGAUGAACAAUCCGGAAAAGCCAAAAGGGACUCGCGCUCUAAGCCGGGACAAAAAGGUAAGGAUGGUAAGGUUGAUGAAAUAAGUGAUAAAAUAAAAAAAGAUGAUCAAUCAAAAUCAGAGGAUAUAUAUGAAACCGAUAAACUAAGUGAGAGAGCUAAGAAAGAUAUAAAAUCAGAACGAGACGAAAAGUCUGCAAUUGGUGAAGAAGGUGAGAAAGCCCAGAAAGGUAUAAAAUCAGAACGAGACGAAAAGUCAGCAAUUGGUGAAGUUGGUGAGAAAGCCCAGAAAGGUAUAAAAUCAGAAGGAGACGAAAAGUCCGCAAUUGAAGUUGGUGAGAAAGCCCAGAAAGGUAUAAAAUCAGAACGAGACGAAAAGUCUGCAAUUAGUAAAGUUGGUGAGAAAGCCCAGAAAGGUAUAAAAUCAGAACGAGACGAAAAGUAUGCAAUUGGUGAAUUUGGUGAGAAAGCCCAGAAAGGUAUAAAAUCAAAACAAGACGAUAAGUUUGCUCUUGGUGAAGUUGGUGAGAAAGCCAAGAAAGAUGUUAAGUCAAAACAUGAAGAAAAAUAUGUAUCAGAUAAAGUAAGUGAGAAAGCCAAGAAAGAUGGCAAGGCAGGGCCAGAUCAAAUAGUUGGAAUUGAUGAAAAGGGUGAAAAAACCAAAAGAGAUACAAAGUCGAAAUAUGAGCAAAAUGCUGAAUUUGAGAAAGAAGGUGAGAAAACCAAGAAAGAUGCCAUUAAAGCAAAAUCAGAACAAGGAAAACUCGAUGAAUCCGGAAAAGUGGAAAAGGGAUUGAAGUCAACGCCCGAAAAACCAGUUAAAUUAGAUGGAGCAUCUCAAACGACCAAAAAGGAUUUAAAAAUAUCUGAGGCAAAGGGUAAAGGUGAAACUAGCAAAGAAAAAGGAACUAAAAUAGGUGAUCUAAAAGAAAAAGAUGAAUUAAAAAUAAAAAAGGAUAUGAGGAAAAAAGAUAAUAUACUAGAAGAAGCGAUUAAAAAAGACUUGCAAGGUAGAUCCGAUAAAAGAAGUAAAACAGAAGUUUCAGACAAAGAUAAAUCUAAAUUAAAAUCGAAACCAGAUAAAAAAGGCAAAUCUGGGGAUGCAGAUGUCCUUAAAAAAGACGUCACAUCUAAAUCAGAACUUAAAGAUAAACAACAUGGUGCAGUAGACAAAGAACAGGCAAAAAGGGAUGCGUUAACGCAAAAACAACUUGAGAAACAAGAACAUGAAGAUAAAAUAAAAAGAGAAAAAGAAAAGAAAGAAGAUCAAGAAAGGUUAAAAAUGGUUGAACAGUUACAUAAAGAUAAAGAGUCAGCCAAGGCUCAAGCCGCAAAAGAUGCAGGCAAGGAACUAACUGCGGAAGAGCCAGGUAAAAAGAAAGGAAAGAAAGGAGCUAAAAAAUCGGAAGCUGACAAAGUUUCUUUAAUCGAGAUUAAAGCGUCACAGAAAUCUCUUAAAGCUACCAAAUCACUCGAUACACAUCCAAAACUAUCAAAGGGGGAACUUUUAAGAAUUGCUAAAGAGAAAGAACUAGAAGCAAAGAAAAAUAAAGCUAUGGCAGCGGACGCAGCUGAGUUUAGAAAACUACAAGAACAGCUUGUAAAAGAAAAAGAAAAAGCAUAUGCAGCCAGAAGAGCUGAUAGUCAACGUAGAUUAAAACGAUUAGAUGUAAAUGCUAUCUUCGGAACUGGGGCAAAAAGAUCUGAAAGAAAACGAAAAAUAAGUAUAAAAAAGCGAGAACUGAAACCGUUUAACGUUUUGAAAUCAGUUCGUGUUAAACCAGGUCUGAGCCCGUCACAGAGGAGGCUGCCUAAGAAUAUGGACCCUCAAUUGAUGAAGGAACACAGACGUCAUCAAUUAAGCGGCCAAAAGUGUCCAACAUGUAUACUUUGUUGCGAUUCUGAAUUGGAAAUGACGUUCGAAAGCUAUUUGAUUCAACUGAAAAAAAGGGUUAAGCAUAUUAUUAUUGGCGAAAGAAUCUACAAAAACAAACAAAUGGUUGAAAAAGAACAAGAACCAAAAAAUGUUCCGAUGCUUUUCCAUACAGGAGUUAAUAAACAUAUCCAAGCAAAAACUGAUAAAGAUGCCCCAGAUGAUGAACUGGACUCAGAAUCAUUAAAAAAGAAGAUUGUUCCGGUAUCAUCUAAAAAAAGUCUAAAAACGAUUGAAACGGACCCUGGCAGAGGAAUUAUAAGGUAUGCCUUAUCAGAUCGCAGCUUCAUUGAUAAAGGUUGGACCAUGUUGCCUACAGAGAAAGUUGUACGUAAGAUGAACGUUUACCGUAUGCGUCCAGCCCAUCCAGAGUUUGAUUGGUUUGAACACAAUAAAAAUAAGCGGUUAAUGACCUACGACUCGGGCGAAAGGCUAGCAGAGUUUGAUGAUAACGGACGUGGUCGCUGGUACUACAGGAAUGGACGACUAGCUCUAGAUUAUUACGAUGCACAAGAGGCGAAUGCGCAGCAACGUUUCGUUAUAUACAGCAGCGGUGAACCCGAUGAUCGUGGUCGCACUCAUCCCAUUACGAUACUAGCCACUUUUGAUUACCUCGGAAAUGGCAUAGUUUUUGAUCACUCGGGCAAGAUACGGCUUAAAUACAACCAAACCGAAGGUGUGGUGCUAGACCGUGGAAUUGGUCCUGUUUCACAUUGGAAGUGGCAUACAUUGAAUGAUCCCCCAGUCCUUCAGCAAGUCAUGAUAGAUACUCAAAUGGCACACAAAGAUCCUGAAAUCGCUAAGCUUGGCUCCGUCGUAGACACAAGAUCUCGCCCAGAUAAUGAAGAAAUGUUAGCUAUAGAAUUUGAUAAUUUUAUCAAAGAGAAAAGUAAGAAACUGUCCCAAAAAUUUAAACCGUUCCAAAUAAAGAUGAAAGCUUUGAAGAUCAAUGAAAAUUUUUCUUUGAAAGUGUUAGACCAAGCUACAAUAUAUCUUAUUUAUAGAGAUGGUUCAACGAAUCUGAAACUUAAUAUUGGCAUGAUAUUGGAUCAUCAGGAAAUAGUCGACACCGAUACUGCUGAAGUGGGUGAAGUGUCGAACAGUUUGGAACGGUUCCCAGCUCGUACUGAUAGUCUUGCAGGUUUACAGCGCAGUGUGGCUUACGCCCAACACUACGAGAGACAGCGUGUGGGGCGAGAUCGACGAUUACGGAGACCAGAACCCUCUGCUAGUGUAGAUAAUUUGACUGCUGCACUAGCCCCACCUUUGCGACCCCCUUUGCUAACAGUCAAUGGGUCAUCAUCAGGUGUUGAAUAUUGUAAUUGUAGAAAGCCUGCAAAUAAUCUAUACUAUAAUACUCGCCUUCUUUGAUUGAUUUAUACUUACCUAGCCUUCUUAGUAAUUGUCUUUACACUCGUAUGAUAUUGCUAUAUUAUUUUAAUAUUCGUAACUUAAAUUAAUCUUACCGUAAUUGUUAGUUUAAUUACACUUAUUUCAUAGAUGAAUAAUAUAAUUAUAAUUUAA